ACAAGUUUAGGAACUGCAGCUCGAGAAGGCGGCGUGAGUUUCCAGCGACGUGGUUCAGCCCCUCGCAGAAUCCACGACAGAAGCAAAGCGCCCCCCCCGCCCACUCCGAGUCCGUGCGGCCCGGCUUUAGAUGCAACUCCAAAUACAUAACAAAAAAAAAAAAAAAAGAAAGAAAAAGAAGCCUCCAUGUUGCACGGGGAAUGUAGGGCUAGCACGGACUGCUCCAACUCGCUAAUUUUACAGCGUCUUGCUUUCUUUUUGGGACAAAAAUAACUCCUCAACAGCCUGUUUUCGACGCCGCAGCAGCCACGGACGCUUGCACAUCAUUAUUUUUUUGUUUGGGGGGGCGAUGAUCGGAGCUUCACGGCUAACCCGCUAACCACAAGGCUAGUUGUUAACUUCUGCUCGGGGUAUUCAACGUCGUUUUGUUUGACUUUUAAGCGGCUCGCUGUCGAGGUUAUCCGCGAAAAGAAUGUUAUUUUGCACGCAGUUAUAGAUGACAGUCCUUAAGCGGCUUUUAUUGACUACCGAGCUAGCUGGCUGGCUACCCCCGCUGCCACAACGCUUCGCCCGGGACGCUUGUGUGUCUUUUGUGGGCUACCUGAUCUCCCUCGGCUUAAACAGCUAGCUAACGUUAGCUAGCUCCCCCGAGCAAGCGGGCUAAUAUUGCGGGAGUCUCGAAGCGGAAUAACAAUGGACCACAUGUCCAUAAUAACCCAAGUUGCCAACCCCAAGGAGGAGGAAAUAAUAUCUUUCAACCAGGAAAAAGCUUCCCAGCCCAACAGCGGUCUAAAGAAGCAGAGGAGCCGGAGCAUCUUCAGCACAUUCUUCUGCUGCUUCCGCAAUUACAAUGUGGAGCCGCCCGCCACCAAUAGCAGCACAGCUACCCUGCCUCCACCUCCACCUGAGGAGAACGGAUCACCACCGAAGUGUGACCAGAUCGAGGUCCUCCCUGUCCCUAGUCCACCAGCCAAAUACCUCCUACCAGAGAUGAAAAUAUCGGACUACGGUAAAAAGUGCGUUGUGAUCGACUUGGAUGAAACGCUUGUCCACAGCUCAUUUAAGCCAAUCAGCAAUGCAGAUUUUAUUGUUCCAGUGGAGAUUGAUGGCACUGUUCAUCAGGUGUAUGUGCUGAAACGACCCCAUGUGGACGAGUUUCUUCAAAAGAUGGGAGAGCUGUUCGAAUGUGUGCUCUUCACAGCCAGUCUUGCAAAGUAUGCGGACCCUGUGGCAGACCUACUGGACCAGUGGGGCGUGUUCAGAGCGCGACUCUUCAGAGAGUCCUGCGUGUUCCAUAGAGGGAACUAUGUAAAGGACCUCAGCCGGCUGGGUCGCGAGCUCAGCAACGUCAUCAUUGUUGACAACUCGCCCGCAUCUUACAUUUUUCACCCAGAAAAUGCUGUCCCAGUCCAGUCGUGGUUUGAUGACAUGAAUGACACAGAAUUGCUGGACUUGCUGCCUUUCUUUGAGGGACUCAGCAAAGAAGAUGAGGUUUACGGGGUCCUCCAGAAUCUGAGAGGCAGGUAGCAGGACCCAGAGAAACUGUGCUGUCCAGCCUCCUCCUCCGACCUAUGCCCGCAUUCAACUUUCUCUCUCCAGCACGUCUCAUGACUGAGGUGCUGCGGAGUCCCAGGAUUCUGUUCCCCCAACACUGCUCUCAUCUCCUGGUGACUGGAUGCCUUCAGAGUGCCAUCCUAAAUGAUAAGAAAUAUACUUAACCCAGGAGCACUGUGUUUAAAAACAAACAAAACAAAACAAGAAGCUAUGAGGUUGACACUAUUGGGGACAAAAUGCUAAGAGGAAUGAACUCUGGUCUUUAUUUUCAAACCAACAAAGUUUUACUAUUUGGUUAAGUGCUUCAAACCAAAAAAAAAACCAACCUCUUUUGUCUGAAACGUCUUAUGUGGUGCCGCACAAAGGUCAGAAAAGAUUUUUUUUGACCUUGUGUUGUUGCUAUGCAGGCAGUCUGUGGUCAUGGAAAGGACUAGACUUUUCUUACUGAAUGAAGUGCCUUGUGUGAGUGUUGUUUCUAUGGGGAACUACAAUAUUUUCUACAUGGCAUAGUCCCUGAGUACUCCAGUCGUCACACAUAUGCUUACAAGUGGACACAGAAGUAUCUUUAUAUCAUAUUUUUUCCUGUUUUUUUUUUUUAAUCAUCAAACAUUUUCUUGUUCUUUUUUUGUUUGUUUCUGAAUGCCCGUGCCAUUACAUAGACGUGACUUUGUUUCUGCUCUCACUGUACUACAUAGUUGAUUUGUUUUAGGCAAAGUUUGCAACUGUAAACCUUAUUACCCCAGCUUCAAGUUAUCUUCCUUUUUUUGUGGUUUUAAUCUUGAAACUCCGAUAAAAUGUGCCAUUUAUUCUUUUGGUUGCUCCCCUUUUAUUAGUUGCCAAACUAUGAACUACUUUUUUUAAUGGGCUUAUGUUAAACAGGUGUUCAUCUAAUACUUAGUAUUGCAUUAGAGGUUUUAUUCAUUUUAAUAGCUGUCAAAUGAAUACUUAUGUGUUUAAUAUUCUAUGGUUUGUGAUAGUUUUGUGCUUGUCAAUGUCAGCAUUUAGCCCACAUUUGAAUCCUUAUUUUGCACAUCGGUGCAGCUUCAUCCACAGGGUGUAUUUUUUUUUCCCUCCCACUCUUCUCUCUUCCUUCUCUCCAGAAUUGUACACAGUUGGGUCAAGUGCCAUACUCUCCCCCCCCCCCAAUUCCCUCUAGUAUAGUGUCAGCCCUGGACUGAUCACACACUUUUCUUCCUGGUCAAGUUAGUGAAAUUGGGGCCUAGCGCAUCACUCGUCGAGGUGUGUGUGUUUUUCUGUGCGUGUGGCGUUUACCUUCAGAGACUCUUUUGAACUGCUCUUCACCUCAGUGCCUGUUUGAGAGGAGCCACGCAAACUGAAUGCCGCAACAUUUGCUACCAUGGCAAUAACUUUUUUUUUUUUUUUUUUUUUGGGGAGGGAGCAUAUUUGGGGUGUAUAUAUCUGGUCAUCCCAAAUUGCCUUCAUAACACCCUGUACAAGUUUGGUUGGGCUGACCCAUGCAAUUCUCACAGUGCUGUUCAGGUAUCAUGAACAAGUUUUCAUAUAACUCUGUGGUUAUACCAUUUAUUAGAAGGGGGGGGGGGGGGGGAAGUUCCCACAUAAUGACAGAAUUUGUGCUGUUGUUGCAACAGCAGCCAAGCAAAAAUUGUCUUUAAUUGCUACAGUAUUCGGCCUUCCAAACCUUAAGAUGGCUGACUGUGUCAGGACAUCAAAACGUCCCACAUGAAUUUUUAAGGUAACAGGCUGCUGCUGUUCCUCCAUUCAUUUUCUCUUUCGCAACAGCAUUUGACUUGUUUGUGAUGGCAGUGAGUGUUUGGUUCAGGAUGGUUUCAGUGCAACGUCCUUUUUCUAAGACUAUUCUCAACCUGCGGAUGAUUUUCUUGCUCUGAAAAAUGUUUGUAUAAUUGUGAUAUUUUUCUACCUUUUAUUGCCAGUAUUCGGUUGAAAAAGUUGCAUCGUAUUCGUAAUCCCCUCAACCGCCCCCAACUCUGCCUCAACCUUAUUUGAUCUUUCUUGCCUGUGGUGAGACUUCUCAGUCAGGUCUUUUCUUUCCUAUUCAGGGGACGUGUGUUGUGUGUGCAUGUGUGCUUACUGGUUUUCUUUUUGGGCAUCAACCUCACUUAAAAAAAUAUUCAUCAGCAAUUGGUUUGAGUUUAACACCAAAGUUCUGAAAACACUUGAUUUCACUGUGCUUACGUUCUUUGGUCGGUGUAGUUUUACAGGGAUGGUUGAAUUCGCACUUUGUUUAAACACUUCAGUUCUUGUUGGGUAAGAGUGUGUAUUGUCAGUCAACCUGAGCAUUUUUUUUCUUCUUUUUCUUUCCAUAAUAAAAUGCUUCAUUGAAACAUG